AUGACUGUCAUCACUUUCACUGUCUCUGUGCUGUGCCUGCUGCCUCAGGCAGUUCUGGCCCGGUGGGCCUGUGUUCGGGCCUGUCCGGCGUCCUGCUCCUGCACCCAGGAGAAGAGCUGCAGUGUCCUGUGCGACCGAUCCGGCCUGGCUGAGCUGCCCAAAGAGUUUCCCUGCGAGGCCUCGGCCAUCAACCUGGACAAGAACCGACUCAAGUUCCUGUCAGAGAGGGCCUUUGGUACGCUGCCGUCCCUCAAGUCUCUGUCUCUGGACCACAACAACAUCUCCUUCAUCACCCCCGGAGCCUUCAAGGGCCUCUCCAACCUGGUGGACCUGAAGAUGGCGCACAACGAGUACAUCAGCUACCUCCAUACGCGAACGUUCACGGGGCUGAAGAAGUUGGUGCGUCUGGAUUUAUCAGACUGUAACCUCUUCAACAUCCCCGACCGCAUCUUUAUCGAGCAGACGAUGCUGAAGGAGCUGCUCUGCUUCCAGAACAACUUCAGGAGGAUCCCGGGAGCCAUCAGAGGCAUGGAGAACCUGACCCACAUCUACCUGGAGAGGAACAAGAUCGAGGCGGUGGCCUACAACUCCCUGCUGGGCCUGGGCAGCCUCAGGUACCUGAACCUGCAAGAGAACCGCAUCAACGUAAUCCAUGACCAGUCCUUCCAGGACCUCUUGCGGUUGGAGAACUUCUACCUCAAUGACAACCUACUGUCCAAUCUGCCCCGGCUCGCCUUCAGAGGCCUCAGCCGCCUCAAGAUGCUUAACCUCGGGGGGAACCAGCUGAUCAAUGUGUCCAGGACCUGGUUCAGUGACCUGGUGGAGCUGGAGGUCCUGUAUCUGGACCGGAACCAGCUGCUGUUCAUUGAGGAGGGCACCUUUGAGAACCUGACCAGCCUGAUCACACUGCAUCUGAACAGCAACAACCUCACCACCCUGCCCUUCCCCGUCUUCCAGCCCAUCUACUUCCUGGGUCGCCUGUACCUCUUCAGGAACCCCUGGGAGUGUGACUGCUCCCUGGAGUGGCUCAAGGACUGGAUGGAGAGCUACAACCUGGUAAGGGACAUCCCCUGCGCCUCGCCAUCCUCCGUGGCGGGACUUGACCUGAGCGAGGUGGUCUUCACAAAGGUGAACGGGACGUGUGUGGACCCCGGGGAGCUCAACCUGACCACGGCCUCCACGGAGAUCGCCUCCACCACUGAGAACCGCUUCAACAGCCUCAUCUCCAAGCUGCUUCAACAGGAGCUCCGGGAGGAGAUGGGGAACGGGACCGAGAGCCUCCGAAAUGGGACCCUGCUGGAGGCCGAGGACGGGCAGCUGUCUGCAGGAGGUCAGCGGAGCCUCUGGAGCCCUCCGCUUCUCUGUUUCACUGUAGUCCUCUUUGGUUUGUUUGGCCUGUCAGAUGUUCAUUUCUGUCAUUAUAGCACAUGA